UAUUGGGCUUUAGAAUUCCUUUAAAGAAAGCCCAAAUGUAUCCGAAAAACUAAAAGCCCGUUCGUCGAAACGAUGCCUUUAAGUUUUGGAAGUUGUAGUAACUCAUCAGUUUCUUACAGACGCGUUUGUAUCUGAACAUUCGCGUCUCUAUGUUUCAUACAUUUCUGUUUUUUUCUAUAAAUUCAACACACUUGCAUCAUUGGUGAUUAGGGUUUCAUUAUCUCCUUGUCAUUCUCAUAUCAUUGCAUCUACAUUUUGUAAAGAGACUUUCUUCUUCUUUUGGCCUAUCAAAGAUGCAAGAACCCCAAACGAAGUUGUCUCUGAGUGUUACACCAGUCAAUGGAACUGUCCCACAGAAUCCCGCGAUUCCUCUAGGCUUGAUUGCUCCAUAUCAUCAACAAGCAAAUGACAUUAACCAUAUGUUACAGAACCAGAUGACAAGAGAAUUGUAUGGUCAACUAAGGAGUCUCGAGGAGAGAGCCGUCUUGUGUGUGAGAGGAAAAGACAAAAUCAUCGAAGAAAUGAAGAAACAAUGUGGCGAAAUGGAGAUUCGUACGAGAAAAGCGUUAGCAGAAGCCGAAUUUUGGAGGAAGAUGACGAAUCAGAAAACGGACUUGUGUAAAGAACUUGCCGGGAGGCUCCUGGAAAUUAAAAAGAAAGAAAAGUCGACGAGACGACUUGGGGAGAGGAAUAUGGCAGAGGAGGCUGAGUCGUCUACUGGUGAUAAUGGUGACGAUGUUGUACACACAGCAAGAACCCGUUUAUGCAAACGUCGCCGUCUUUGAGUUUGUGACGUUUUAAGGCACGUGUGUGUGUGUGUGUGUGUUUGAUGUUACAAUGUGUGGUUCAGUGUUCCCCAUUUCCUAGACAUUGUUGGUAUCCGAGAAUGUAGAGGGGAUAGGGAAAAUCUUUGUAAGCGAGUUAAUCAUUCGGAUAUUAUGUCAAACUGUGCCAAUAAUAUUGUUACAUUCUCUACAUUAUUUUCGAACAUGAAUAAUUAAAUACAUUGUAUGCUAUGUAACAUUUUUUUUA